GUCGGUGGGUGUGGCUGUGGGGAAGUUCCGGCAAUAACAACAAGAGAGAGGGCAGCGGCUGGGAGUGUGUUUGUGUGCGCAGAGAAUUGUGGUGCACAGAAGUUAGGGGCAUUUGGUCGAACACCUCUCGGGUGUUGUGUUGAAGACCUUCGAUAUAGAAGCAAAGAGAGACAGAGAGAUAAGUAG